AUGCAAGGCUAUGGUUCUGAUCGCGGCCCUUGGCGUUAUCGUCUCUUUCCCGAGCACGAGCUACGUGCUCAGAUCCUGAAACGCUGCACAACUAGUAUCUCAAGCGACGGAGGAAGCCUUGGUGCUUCUCUCCAGCCUCAUGUUAGUUCAACCAACGAGGACAGAUACCUGAUCAUGGAUUUAAGCCUUCCAAAUGGUGUCUGGAGCUUGAGCUGUAUCUUUGAUGGCCAUGGAGGACAUGAAACAGCUGACUACCUUGUCACCGAAUUGCCCCCCCUUUUAAUGGCUGGAUUGUUGCCCACAGUGGCCAACUUGGAGGGUGUUUCGGAUGUUCUUACUAGAGCGAUUUAUGACGUGGAUGAAGCAAUAAAACGGGACUUUCUCGAGAUAUUUCCAGAAGAAGUCAACGAGAUCGCUGCGAUGUCAGAUGUAACAGUCAAGGCGCGAGUCAACGACCAGUCUUCUGGAGGAUUAAAUUAUCGGAAAGCCCUGCGCUGCUUGAGGGGAUCUACAAUCUUAUUAGCGCUCGUUGACCCUACAAAGAAACAUCUUUGGGUACUAAAUCUCGGUGAUGGCGUAGCGGUAGUGCUCGGAAGUAGACAAGACGCGAGUUCACAAUGGAAUACAUCCAUCUUGAGCGAUAAUCACAAUGGCAGUAACCCUACUGAGGCCGAUCGCAUCAAACAACAACAUCCUGACGAACCGGAAUGCAUUUUUGAUGAUAGAGUGCUCGGUAAUCUUGCUGUCACGAGAGCUGUUGGCGACUAUGCCUUCAAACUGCCUCGCAUCUACACUGAGAAAAUAUUUUUAAAUGUAGAACCGGGAUUUCGUGUCCCUGCUGCGAUUGAGUCUUUCAUUCCACGAAAUCUGAGCCCACCAUACGUCUCGAAUCUUGCAAGCGUUCGUUAUGUUGACCUUCAUGCGAAGUCAAGCUGCGACUACUUUAUCCUGAUGUGUUCCGACGGGCUAGUCGACCUUUACAUGGAUGACCCAAAUCGUUCUGAAUCCCUUACAUCUCUUGUCCAGAAGUGGGUGGGAAUAGUAGGUGACGUCGUGAGGGACGACAUCCAGGAGGCAAUGCUGCUCUUGUUAAGACAGGCUCUGGGCGCAGAAGACAUCGACAGUGUCUCAUGUAUGCUUACUGUAGACAUGCCUGUCGCUUACAUGGAUGAUACGACCAUCAUCUUACAAGUGCUGUAG